AGUUAUUUGAUUGAGCAUGAGAAAAUGCUUAUCAAUAAUUUAGAUAAAAAACCAAAUAGCACUGGUAGUAACCCGAUGUCCUACGAUGAUUACGAAUUUGAAGAUGAUCCAAUCGAAUUGGAGCUUAGAAAGAAAAUGUUAACAAUGUUAAAUCAAAACUCAAUACCAAAUAGUAGUAGUAGUAAUAAUAAUAAUAAUAGUAAUAAUAAUAUUAGCAAUUUAAAUAAUUUUAAUUUAGAAGAAUCAGAAGAGGAUAACAUUGAUAGUGAUGGAAAUAACAGUAGUAACCACAGUGACCAUAAUUUAAAUAAUGAAUACUAUAAUAACUUUAGCAAUGAUCAUAUGUUUAGCACACCCACAUUAUCAAGAAAAUCAAAAAAUAAACAACAUAACAGAUCAAUUUCAGUAAACCAACCACAAUCAUCAUCAUACCAACAUCAGUCAUCAUAUCUACAACCACAAUCACAGUUAUCAAAUUCAUUAAACCAAAAAUCAUUUUUAACAUCUAGCAACCCAGGAUUUUUACCCACAUUAGGCAGCCCAAAAUUCGAAUCUCUUGGCAAUAGUACUAAAGGAACAAAUCUUACAACAACAAUUGGCAAUAAUAAUAAUAAUAAUAAUAAUAAUAAUAUGAUGUUUAAUAAUAAUGGAAGUAAUAUUAGUAAUUCAAGCUCUCAAGGUGAAGAAUACUUUAAUUUAAAUGAAAAAUACCUAUUAACUGAAAGAGAUAGAAUUAAAUCAAUGGCAAAAGAAUUUAAAUUUGAAAUUGAAAUUGAAAGAAAGGUUAUUAAGGAAUAUAAACUCUAUGCCGUAGAAGAAUGGAUAUUUAAAUCAAACCACAUUUGGUCUGCUGUGUCAUAUACUGGAAAUUACGAUGAUAAGAUUGUUGUAUCAGUUAUCAAGCCAACACAACAAAAUAAACAACUAUACAAUUUAAUUUCAAAACCUCCAAACAGUACCUUUUAUCCAAUCAAUACACCAUCGGGUCAAAUAUUACUUGCCAACUGUGGGGAUUCUUCUCAGUACGGACUAAACCUUAUCGAAAUACCAGAUGGAGAUUUCGAUGAACACAUAGAAGAUAUUAAAACCAAUUUAUGCCUAAAGAGACUAGGUUGUACAAAUCCCAAAUACAAAGUAUCCUAUAUGAAACUUGCAGACUCUUGUGUUGAUAAGUUUAGAAAGCUAUCCGGUUUCCCAAAAGCGACAAAGAGCUAUGUUAAUGAAUUUGUAAUGGAAAUACAAGCCGCCUUGUCACAUUUAAACUAUUUGCCUUUGCUUACUAAAAUUGAUGGAAUGUAUGAUCAGAAAACCAUUAAUGCGCUAAAAGCUUUUCAAGUUGACUCAAAUAAACAUAGAGAGGGUAGCGGUUUAUUAUUAUUACCAACAGAAGGUUACUUGGAUCAAAUUACAUUUGAUGAAUUACAAGAAGAAAUCUUAAAACUAGCUUCAAAAUUAGAAUCACUAGGCUAUACCCUACCAGACAAUCCAACCAAAAACUUUAAAGAAUUCAAUGUAAUAAUUAAAUCAUUUCAAGAAACCUAUAGAAUUUAUCCCAAUGCACCUGGUAAAAACAUUUUAUUAUUUAUAGAAAAAAUGAAUUUAAAAGUAUCACAAACCAUUUUACCACCACCCUCAUCAAAUAAUAUACAAUCAACAUUUUCAACAUCACCAUCAUCAAAUAGUACAAAUAUAAAUAAAAAAAAUAAACAAAAUAAUAAUAAAAGCAAUAAUUCCAAUAAUAGUAAUAGCAACAGCAAUAGUAAUAGUAAUAAUAACCUACCAGGCAAUAGUAAUUAUAAUAACUAUUUAAACUACGACGAUGAAAUUGAAAGUUUUAAAAGAGGUCAGGAAAAAACAGAUGCCGAAAUUUUUAGAUAUGAUGAUGACGAUGAUGAAGAUGAAGAUGACGACUAUUAUGAAGAUAGUGAUAGCCAAGAUAUUAUAGAUCCAUAUGUUGAUGAUGACGAUGAUGAAUAUUUCUCAAAUGAAGACGAAGAUUUUAAAGCCACCAAUAACAACAAUAAAAGCGAUAACACCAAUAUCAAAUCUAAAACCGAUAUCCCUAUAUCAAACAAUGUAAAUAACACAUCAUCAGUAGCAACCACAACAAAUAAUGAAAAACAAUUUCAAGAAAUUCAAAAGCAAACUUUAUUACCAAACAACACCAAUGUAUUAUCACAAACUCAAAAUGAAAUUAACAAUUUAGAACCAAUCAACGAAGCUGAAGAAAAAGAAAAACUAAAGCAAACAAUACUAAGGCUUGAAGUAUUAGUAGAUAAACAGCAUUCUCAAUAUUGCAAACUAAAAGAAGACUUUGACCAUUUAAGUGAUAGCUAUUAUGAACUUAAAGAAAAAUCUUUAAAAUCAAUUGCAGUAAUCUCCACAAACGAAAAAAUGUUUACAGAUAUCAAUAACCGUUGGAAUAAAUUAACUAAAAAAGAAAUACCCGAAAUUGAAGAUAAAAUUAACUCCAAUGUUGAUAUUAUUCAAUCUUAUUCGAGCAAAAUGAAAAGGUUAGAUGAUAUCGUAACCUCAAUUCAAAAAAAGAAUGAUAGAAAUAUUUUCCUUUCAUUUUUAAUUAGCUUUGGAUCAUUCUUUCUUAUUAUUUGUGGAUAUAUAGCCAUAGGUUUAGCAAAGAUUAAAAAGAGUAUUGUGCAACCAAUCAAUAAUAAUGCAAAUAAUACCAAUGGAAAUAAUAAUAGUAAUGGAAAUAAUAAUAAUAAUAAUAAUGAAAUAACAAGUAAUUCAAACAAAAAUAGGCAAACAGACGAAGCAAUCCAAGAUUUUUUAAAACAAAAAUUAAAUAUCACCACUUUUUUUGAAAACAAUUAA